GUGUGAAGUGGAGCGCACAUGUCAUCUCAGGAGCUCUCCGGUGGCUCAACAGAAGCUGCCGCCUUGUUAAACAAUGUUUUGGCGUCGGCGGAGACAAUUCGAACACCGUCAAAUGCAACAACAACCGGGCAACAGUCACACGUUGCCUCAGGUUGUGACACGGGCGAGAGUCGACUUACAACGCUAUCCCCAUUUAGCGGCCGCACCGGCCUGCCACAGCCGGCUGCUGGCCCGGUCCGGACCUCCGUGCCGCGUUAUCAAGCUGAGCAGAGCUUCGGCACAUGGACAUCGGGCACAAGUAGAAGAAGAGCCUGUGCACAGCAGCAUGACCAUUUCAACAAAGAUGUGAUACUACUUCCCAAUCCAUCAUGGGCAAUUGUCUGCAAACAAGGAACAAAAGUGUGGCUACACAAACAUGGACACAUCCUCAGUGCCUUUGAGUUCCAGAAGGUCUGGGACCACCAGACUGUAAUACAACACAUCAGGGAUGGAUUUGGUGAACGUAUUCCGGAAGAUGUCAGCCUCCAGUUCCUAAUGGCUUGUGGCAAUAAGCUGGUGUCCCCUAAACUCCAAAAGGGUCAGGAGCUGAAUGGAAUUCUUAUCCACAAGGUUUACAAAACUAAAGCUCUUUAUGUAAAACCAUCAAGGAUGCUUUUGUCUGGUGUCUGUAGUCUGAAACCCAGGUCUCAGUCCCAGCAUGUAGCUCAGCCAACUGUCCUGCAGCCUCACGGAGCAGUGAGGAAGAAAUUUGUCACUAUGGCUCCAGUGGAUUGGUCUGCACGUUCAGUUCAGUCUGCGGUCUGUAGCCUGAAAACCAGACCUAAGCCUCAGUCCCAGCCUCAGUCCCAGCCUCUACCUCAACCAACUGCCCUGCAGUCUCAUUAUGGGGUAGUGAAGAAGGAAUUUGUCACUAUGGCUCCAGUAGAUUGGUCUGCACAUUCAGUUCAGUCUGCUGUGGUUAGUCUGAAACCCAGGCCUCAGUCCGAGCAUCUACCUCAGCCUACUGUCCUGCAAUCUGAUGACGAAGAAGUGAGGAAGAAACCUGUCACCACAGCUCCAGUACUGCAUUCACAGUCAGUUAAGGACAAUGAAAGCAGCACAUCUCACAGUUUGCCUGUUUUAAGACAUGUGGCCACCCAAACUGACCCCACAGAGAGAAGAUCCGUGGGCACACAGCAGACUAACGUUCGAAGUAUAGCUACCCAAGCUACAGUGUCCAGCAGAGACUGUGGUGUGUGCACCCUCACCUUCCCCUUGGACAGUCCAUUACUAUUCCUACAACCAGCAGUAAACAGAGCAGCCAAGAGAACUCGACUCAGCCUCACAGACAAAGAUGAAUGCCUUUCAGAGUGCAGCGUGUCUUUGGUGGUUCAUGAACCUGAGGACUCAACAUGACUCUGAGGAUUUCUACAUGUCUAUGGUGUCUGCAGCGUGCAGUGUGUGUACGCGUCCAUUUGCGAGUACAUUCUGGCCUUAAGACUGCUAAAAUCUUGUAUAAAUAUGGCAUUUGAACAAGGUGCCUCUACAGCAAAUUAUCAACUUGUGUAACUGACUUGACACUUGACACUGUCCAACUGAAAUGGGGCUAUUCGCUGCAAACAUUUUUCUUCACUCCCAUGUAUUACAGUACAAUGAACACAGUACAAGCCCUAAAAGAUAGGGAAGAAGGGAUUUGAAAACAUUCCAGAAUAUCCAAACAGACAAAGUGUAGCAGAAGCCCUACUGCCUUCAAGGUGCCCUUGAGCAAGGCACCAAACCUUCAGCUGCCCCAGUGGAGCUGUUAAAUGUUUGGUAAUUGAAGACUGUCGUUGUAUCCACAUAUUAUCACUGCUUUACAGCAGGAAGAUUUGCAGUGCCUUGUUGUAUAAUGAAAUGUUUAAAUUGGGGGUUUUGUGGGGGGUUUUUCACUUCCUUGUCUGAAGAUUAUAUCACACUGUGUAUGUUGCAGUUUCACUUCUACAAAAAACAGACAGAGGCAGAGAGGACCACUACAUCUCUCCCAAAGGCACAAAGAUAGAAUCACAUUGGCAGAUGUUAAAGGUCCACUGUCUAAGAUUUUGUGAAAUCCUGCAGUGAGUUGGCCAGUGCUUUUUAUCAAUCAGCAGCCUUUUUAAAGACAAUGAUUUUACUCUUUAUUCUGUCAGGCCUAUUCUGUACGUACUUGCAUACAGUACGUCCAUACUUUAAACUUGUUGGAAGUUUCAAUUCAGAAUUUCAUGAAAUACUUCAAAUGAAUAUCAGAUCCCACUUCCCAAUACCACAGUAUUCUGUGUUCACAGUUCAUCAGUGAGGAUGUGAUUCUGUGUAUACAACACUUUCAUGAGAAAAGAGUAGUUAUUCAAACCAAAACCAGAAAAUUAGGAUGAGUUACUUCCUGUUUCAAGUUUCUGUGUUUAUGACUGACAUACAGUCAUGUUAGAACAGGUUUAGAAGUUUUUCUUACACUGUAACAUGUAAGAUCAAUUUUACAAACUCAUCCUGUCAUUAACAUCUAAUGUUCCAAGCAGAGACACAGACAUAUUGACUUAUCUGACCUGGUAUUCCUGCCUUCAUCCAUGGUGAGAUGUCUGUCCCUUCUGCAUAUGUUUCCAGCUUGGUCGUAUUAAUGGGAGCCAAUAAUUUCACCACUUCUUCCAUCACCUGUUGACAGACACAUCUGAGUGUUUCUCAGCUCAUCAUGCAGUCUAUUUAUGUGCCAGUACUUAUCAGACAUGGUUCAGCGUUAUUAAAAACUAAUGCUAAUUUCAA